AUUUAUAUUUAUUAAAUUGUUUUAGUUAAAAACAGUUGAGGUUAUUAAUUUUAUAGCGGUUUUACAUGUUCCACAAACAAAUGUUUAAACUUAAAUAUUAUAGAGGAAUGGUAGUUUGGUAAAGCUGAUUAUGAAAUACGGAUUAUUUCUAACAUGAAAACACUUUGUUUUACGGUUACAUCGGUAACUAGUGCUCAGGUACAGUGUGACUUUGCGGAAGUUGUCGGUAAUAUUCCUGAACUUGGAUCCUGGGACCCAGCAAAGGGUGUGAAAGCAAGAGGUCCGAGUGACAGGGAGUACACAACCACAGUUUAUGUCCCGGACCACAUUCAUGAAAUCGAGUUUAAGUGGGUCUUUUGUCAUAGAGGUACUUUUAGUUGGGAAAUUGGAUUAAACAAGAUAGUUUUUGACUUACCACAAACACCUGGAGCUAUCUGCCACAUAGUCAACUCAGUGAAUGGUCCAGCACAAACAUACCAUGAAACUGAAUUCCCGGAAAAGAACUGGGUCAAUGAGGGGAAAAAGGAUUCAUGCCACGCUAAAUGUCUAAGACAUAUACUCACCCCACAGAAGUGGACCCGAGGUCAAAAAUUACUUGGCAUUGGAAUCGGCCUAUUGGUACCUAUUGCCAUCGCUAUUAAAACCAAGCAUUAACUUUAGUAUAAAUUAUUUUAUUUAAUUUGUGAUAAUAAAAUGUUAGUAAAAUCA